UUUAAUAGUUGAUUUUUAGAUCUGAUGCAAAGACUCCAAAAUUCGUUGAAAAAAAUAAAAAGUAAUUUGUAAUAAGGAAAAUUAAAGUUCGCCACGAGUGAUAAGAUAAUACUUAGUGCGGAAUGAUGAAUAAGGAUAGGAAAGAAUCACUAAGAAAGUCACUAUCGAGGUCGGAGGCAAUCUCUCCAGAAGCUGGUGUCGAUUUAAAUGAAUUCGAAAAAGCAGUAACGAUCAGGGUUUACAAAAGAAGAUGGCUGGUUCUCAUACUGUUCAUUAUGUUUGUGUUCGGAAACAAACUUCAAUGGCUGCAAUAUACUAUGAUCCUAAAUGUGAUUGUCAAAUAUUUUAACGUCUCAUCUAUGGCUGUGAAAGCCACUGCGAUGAUCUACAGCGCAUCAUUCGUAGUUUUUUUAUAUCCCGUCACUUGGCUGAUCCACAAGCGAGGCCUAAGAUUUGUCUGUGUUAUUGCGUCGGCGUCCGUCUGUUUGGGCACUUGGAUCAAGUAUUUUGCAAUAGCUCCAGAUCAAUUUAGCCUGAUAUUGAUCGGACAAUGCUUUGUAGGAGCAUGGCAAGUGGUUUGCUCGUCGUUACCAGCCACAUUGGCUGCCGUUUGGUUUGGCCCAAACGAAGUGGCCACCGCUAUGGCUCUAGCGGGUUCUGGAACUGUAAUCGGCGUUGCCGUCUCUUCUAUUGUUAGCCCAAUUAUUGUUAGAAAUCACGGCGAACCAGGCGACAUUGGCAAAAAUCUGAAUCAUUAUAUAUUACCUAUUGCCUUCUAUUGUACAUGUGUUCUUUUCCUCAUGCUUUUCUUUUUUUCAGAGGGACCGAAAUUGCCGCCAAGUAAAGCGCGAGCUCUACAAAAAUUAUGCCUUGGCGAAGAUUUGGAAUUUUUCAAGAAAAUUCGUCGUCUACUGAAAAAUCGAAAUUACAUUUUUUUAUGGAAUGCGCAUGGACUGGUUGGAGGAGCAAUGAUUUGUGUAAACGUGUCAUUGAAUACGUUGUAUAUGCGUCAUUUUGAACAUGGGGAAAAAGAUACCGGAAGAAUGGGCUUACUGAUUAUUCUGAGUGGUUAUUGCGGUGCAGUUAUUUUCUGUAGGCUCGUUGAUAGAUACAAAAUUUUCAAGCUCAUCUUAGUUAUUCUAUAUGCUGCUAAUAUACUGACAACGAUAUUAUUUGGAAUUGCAAUGUACUUCGAAGUACAAUGGACAGUUUACGUUGCCAUUGGACUAUACGGAUUUUUCACUCACGGUUAUUUCACAACAGCCUACGAAACGUGUGCAGAACUCACUUAUCCAGAGCCCGUGACCAUUUCUGUCACUAUUUUGAAUCUAGCCAAUCAACUAUACUCUGCAAUUUUCGUGGCGUGUCUCGACCAAAUUCUAAUAUCUUAUUCUGACGUUGCUGCCUACGCAUUCCUUACUCUCGUAUCGAUCAUUGGAUUUAUCCUAACCUGUGUGACACGUGAUGAGCGUAAAAGGCAACAUGCAGGGAAACUUGGCUAACAAUAUCAUUUUCAUUUUUCAAUGUGAAAGCGUAACAAUAACGUAUCUUGAACAUCACAAAUCGAGCAUACGUAUGCAAGGCCUG